AUGGCGGUUUACCCCUCUCUCACCAUGUCACGGGCGGACGGCCCCGACUGCCGGGGCGCAAGAAAAAAAACAAAACGUCAGCAGAGUUUCUCCUCGCGAGGAGUUCUCCUUCCGCGCCGCCGCGCUCCAGCUAUGCCGGGCAUGCGGGAACGGCAACACGAGAAGUCACGUGACUCGGGACCGAGCUGUCAAAUUGCUUUCGGGGGAGAAACCGGGAAUGCCGCUGCGGUCUUACCUCGGUCGGAGCAUCUCGGAGCGGGACCUCUGGGCUCGGCCGCGACCGGACCUUCUCGCUCCGGCUACGUCAAAACACAAGAGAGAGAAAUUUCAACUGGCUUGCGUGGGAGGCCGAGCAUACUGGGAAAUGACUGGACGCGAGUAAGCGCGAGGAGGAAACCGGGAGGGGAGAUGAUGACGACUUCCACGUGUGCGGCGGGAGGAGUGCAAGUCGUCACCGCAUUCCUCGGAGGAAGACCUCAAAAUCAUCUUUACGGAAGAAAAGCAGAGCUUUGUCUGCAACCAGAUAUCACAAUUAUCACUUCGGAACCUUCAGCCUUACCCUCAACUUCAUGUGUUUGGUCUGCAGGCAUCCAGCCCCCACCGUCCUAUGAUCAGGUGAUCCAAGAAAAGACCCGAGAGGAGCACAUUGUUCGGCCUACGGCGGCCCCCCGACGUUCUGCGUCUUGCACCGCCAACGCCUACUCCACACAGACCGACCCUGCCAAGGAGCAAUCAGCCGGUCCUAAGCCACAAAAACCACCGAGAACAUCCUUGUCCAGACCUGAACAUCUGUCUGAAAACGAUCCACCCAAGUCACAAGAAAGAGUUCAGAGCACCAGAUCAGUGACGGUCCACUUGGAGGAGACCGCGCAACCUCAACCAACUUCUGUUUCGGCCUCACAAGCCAAACCUGUUCCGCUUCCACGCAUGAAACCCAGAAAACAAACGCAAGAUAACGUUGAAUCUUUGAUCCGAUUUGAAGACGAUGACAUCCCCUCCAACUCUAUAAACAGCUCCUCCAAUGAGUAUCUGAAAGAGCUGCUGGGGGCUUUCGAUUCUAGCGGAGACCGGGGAUAUCAAGAAGAACGAGUUCUUGGCGAGAUGUACGCCAGCGUCAAUAAGCGAAACAGCCACGCUCAUAUCCAGUCCUUCGAGAUUCAGACCGCCCCCGAGGACUGGAGCGGCGUAGAACCCAUCAAACCGCUCCCUAUCCCCAGAAAACCCCCGAAACCCCUGCCGCCUACCAGAUCGAUGUCGUUUCAGGAUGGUCAAAAUGUGUCGAACCAGGAUCUGACGCCGAUUUUCACACCUCAGACACAGCCGAAACCUGCGGCAAAACCGUUGCGAGACGAACUUGAGACCCUGCUCUCAAAGGGCGGACCCCCGCUCCGGACGCGCCCGGUUCUGACAAGGGGGAACAGCGUCCGCGUUGAGGAGCCUCCCUUGCCGCCGAGACCUCCGGCCAAGCCCCCCAAGGAACCCUUGAAAGCAAACCUGAACGUCAACAACCACAACUCAACUGCAGUUCUCGAAGAAGACAUAUAUACCUGCCCUGCGCCAAAUCCACCACCUGUCAUGGCUAAACCCCCCGUAAGAAGGAGGCCCACCACCAUCAGAGUGCCCAGUCAAAUCGCCACAGAAAGUCUCCAAGGAAAGGCGCCGCCCCCUCUUCCCGCUCGGAAUCCCGUCGGUCUGGCGAACGCGGCGAGACUCACGAAGCAAAAGGCUUUACCUAGCAUCCCGACAGAGACGACGUCAAGCAACAGACCUCUUCCGGCGCUGCCGAAUCAGCAGAAAAGUACGGUGCCACCCAAGCCCGGGCCGGGACGACCACCGGCGCCCAAGCUCGGGCCGGGACGACCGCCGCCGCCCAAACCCACUAAAGGGUUCGUCCUGCCGCCCAGACCGGUCCAAGGCCACCAGCUCUACGACAAAUACAACGUUCCACACGAGACCGUUGCCUCAGACUUGAAUAGAAACCGCAGUGACGAACUGACAUUUCAGGCUGAAAGUCCCGCUGGCAGGCAGGAAAAUGGACUCACGGUUCAAGCCACGCAUGAUUUCACUCCAGAGGGUCCGGGAGAACUGGGCUUGAAGUCCGGUGAUGUCAUCAAGGCGGUGGAGCGCGUGGACGGCGAAUGGUACCGGGGCACUUGUAAAGGAUCCACCGGUUACUUCCCAGUUAACUUUGUCAAAGUGCUACCGGGCGUACCGCCAAAACCUGUUCCGGAGAAGAGACCAAAACCGCUUCCAACUAAAGUCAUCGGUCCCAAAUCCUUUGAGUUGGACAGCGAGAGCGCCGAAGUGUCGCCGUGGGCGAUGGGCGACGGCAGCCGAAUUUUCCCCGACAAUCCACCGUCCGCACAACAGAAAAGUCGGACGCCUUCCACCAGGGUCGCGUUGCCAGGCAUGGCCAAAUGUUCCGGAAAUCAGCCAGAAGCGGUCCAACCUGCUCAGUCGUCGGUGGAGUGGGCGCUAGCUCGCCACGACUUUAACGGCGAGUCUGCCAACGAGCUGUCCUUCAGUCGGGGGGACCGCAUCCUCGUCACCCGCCACGUGGACGACCAGUGGAGCGCCGGGAGGCUCGACGGGAAAGAGGGAAUCUUUCCCAAGUCAUUUGUGGAGAGUUGCCAAGGAACAGGUUCGACGUCGUCGCAUCAAUUGAUGGGAAGGGCAAUGUACGAAUUUACUUCAGAUUCUGUUGAAGAGCUUUCUUUGCAGGUCGGGGACAUCAUCACCAACCUGGAGUCCAUGGAUGACGAAUGGUUCCUGGGCGAUUUAAGGGGCAAACGGGCGCUGGUGCCCAAAAACUAUGUUCAAGUGCUUUGACGCUAACUUGUGCUGAAUUCAAGGCAGUAUUGGAUUGCUUGCAUUCCAGUUGCAAUUUUGUUCUUUUGACUACUAAUUCUGUAAUAAAAUAGUUGUACACGGACGCCAUCUUACUUUGGAAGAUGGAAUUGCAAUUUAUUUUUGAAGGCUAAAAAACAUUAACAGCCAUUUGUUGGUUUGAGACCAGAAAGCAAAAAUAUUUGAAUAUUUUCUUUAACAAAACACAUAUUAAUGGGCUGCGCCCCAAAUGCUUUUUCCUAUUAAAAGAAUCCACUUCUGACUUUUUGUUUCAGAUUGUGAUUGAAUUAGGGCUGUCAAACGAUUAAAAUUUUUAAUCGCGUUAAAUCACAGCUUAAAAAUUAAUCGUAAUUAAUCGCAAUUCAAACCAUCUCCAAAAUAUGCCAUAUUUUUCUGUAAAUUGUUGGAAUGCAAAGACGGAUAUAUAUUCAACAUACUGUACAUAAGUCCUGUAUUUGUUUAUAACAAUAAAUCCACAAGAUGGCAUUAACAUUAUAAACAUUCUGUGAAAGGGAUCACAGAUAGAAUUGUAAUUCUUAAAAGAUAAAUGUGAGUGCAAGUUAUAGUAAUUUUGAUAGUUUGUAUAUUGUGACUAAAUAUUGCCAUCUAGCGUAUUUGUUGAGCUAAACU